ACUCCCCGCUGCGGUUCGCCAAGCCUAUCGAGCCUAGCACAGCGAUCAUCGAUUCUUCCUGACAUCUUUCCGCCGACAGACCGAAGUCACCCAACUGGCAUCUCUCUUAUUCGUUUCACUCCUUCAAAGCCAUACAGAUAGAUUCACAAGCACACGAGAACGCGUUGUCCUGAGCGAGGAUGUUUGAGUGCUAUUGCUGUACGCGCACUUUUCGCACUCGCCAAUCUCGUGACCAGCACAUGGAUGACACAGACCAUUGGAACGAGAGCUAUGAGUGCGACGGGUGCACAAGAGAAUUUAGUUCGCAGCAUGCCAAAGAGCAGCAUAUGACGGCUGUUGGACAUUGGAACGACAACUUUGAGUGCAACGGGUGCACAAGAGAAUUUAGUUCGCAGCGUGCCAAGGAGCAGCACAUGACAGCUGUCGGACAUUGGAGCCGUCACUACCAGACUAUGGGUACUGCAGCAAUCCAGCCCCUUCAAACUUCUACGACAGAGACUGGGGACAAUGUCCGAGAUAAUCAAACCAACGAAGAAGGAUCUAAACUUAAUGUCCUGGGACCUUCUGGAACCAAUACAUUAAGCCGGUAUCGGAGAAAACUCACGAGCUGCAUAUCGAAGUACGUCUACAGCUGUUCAGAUGUUCCCAGCUGACUUGUUCUUUAGCAUGUUCAAUCAAGCAGCCCACUCAGAUAUCAUCAUUUUGAUACAAGGCGUCUCACUACCGGCUCAUCGGUUUGUCAUCUGUCCUCAGAGCAUAUACUUAGAAGAAGCGUGCCAGCAAGCCUUCAGCAAAGAUGAACGGAUACUGAACUGUGAACAAGGAAGUGGUGCUGCAUAUUGGAGGGUCUUUGAGUAUCUAUAUACAGGCGGUUACAGUGACUGUUUGAACAACACUGAAGUCAAGG